CAACAAGUAACUUAUUUCUUUUCACGUGCCCCUCUCCGAUUUCUUUCUGAUAUCACAUAUUUUUUUAUCACGAGAUUGCAUAUAAUUAAAAAUUGGAAAGAUAAUGCGCAGUCUAUUUCUAUAAGUCAUGAUUAGUAAUAUUCUAUCGCAUUACGAAGAACGUUGUGUUUCACGAUUUUUACGAGAAAGAUGUUGCGUACUGCAAUAAACCUGAGUGUCCGAACUUUCCGUACUAAUGCAUCUUCUUCGAUAAAAUGCAACCGAUUAGAGGGAAAAGUCGCAGUGGUGACAGCAUCUACAGAUGGAAUAGGAUUUUCCAUAGCGAAACGUUUAGCACAAGAAGGUGCUAAAGUAAUGAUCAGCAGUCGUAAGGAAUCGAAUGUGAAAAAAGCUGUGGAAGAACUUCAGUCCGAGGGAUUACAAAUUGAAGGUACUGUCUGCCAUGUGGCAAAGGCAGAAGAUAGAAAAAAUUUGUUUGAAAAAACAAAAGCAAAUUUUGGAGGUUUGGAUAUUCUGGUAUCUAACGCAGCUGUUAAUCCAACACCUGACUUUGUAUUAGUACAGAGCACUGAGGAAGUAUGGGACAAAAUUUUUGAUAUCAAUGUCAAAUCUACAUUCUUGCUUAUAAAAGACUCUUUGCCGCUUCUUAAAUGCAGUAAAUCACCUUCUAUUAUUAUCAUAUCUUCAGCUGCUGCUUAUAGUAAUCCUUAUAGUUCACUAGGAAUAUAUUCAAUUAGCAAGACUGCUUUACUGGGUCUAACUAAAAUUACUGCAAGAGACCUUGCAUCCGAUGGAAUUCGUGUAAAUUGUAUUGCACCAGGAAUAAUAAAGACUAGAUUUUCAAAACUGUUGUACAAAUCGGAGGAAUCUCAUGAUGUUGCUGUAUCACAAAUUAGUAUGAGAAGACUAGGAAUGCCGGAUGAGAUUGGAAGUGUAGCUGCAUUUUUAGCAAGUAGUGAUGCUUCUUACAUUACUGGGGAAACUAUAGUGGCAUCGGGUGGUAUGGUGUCAAGACUCUGAACUUAUUUUAUAGUAAUUUUAUACAUACUGGAUACAUUAUUUACAUAACAUAUCUCUAGCCUU